CACCUGGGACCUGCGUAAGUGACAUGCACGCACAAAGGAGGACGACACCUUCGGACGCACUCCGCCCAGCGCUCACGCAUCGCGGUUACACGGUAACUAGGGGAAGGACGCCGGACAACGCAUACGGAGAGGGGGGCCUGCGCUGAAACAUGGAGCGAAAAGUAGCAAGAGAAUUCAGACACAAGGUAGAGCUGCUGAUUGACAAUGAGGCAGAGAAGGAUUACCUGUACGAUGUGUUGCGGAUGUACCACCAGUCCAUGGACCUGCCGGUGCUGGUGGGGGACCUGAAGCUGGUGAUUAACGACCCACCCCGCCUGCCCCUGUUCGACUCCAUCCGCCCCCUCAUCCCGCUCAAGCACCAGGUGGAGUACGACCAGCUCACGCCCAAACGAUCCAGGAAGCUGAAGGAGGUCCGUCUGGACCGGACCCACCCGGACGGGCUGGGCAUCAGCGUGAGGGGGGGUCUGGAGUUCGGCUGCGGCCUCUUCAUCUCUCAGAUCGUGAAGGACGGACAGGCGGCCAACGUGGGCCUGCAGGUCGGAGACGAGAUCAUGCGGAUCAACGGUUACUCUAUUUCGUCCUGUAUCCACGAGGAAGUGAUCAGCCUCAUCCGCACCAAGAAGACCGUGUCCGUGAAAGUCAGGCAUGUUGGAAUGAUUCCAGCCAAGAGCUCCUCAGAAGAUCCCCUCAAGUGGCAGUUUGUGGACCAGUUUGUAUCUGAGUCUGGGGAGAAGAAGACCAGUGUGGCUGGACUGGCCUCCAUCGGAGGGAGGGAGAUCACGGAGAAGAAGGUGUUUCUCAGCCUGGUGGGAACCAAAGGCAUGGGAAUCAGCAUCUCGAGCGGCCCGACUCAGAAACCUGGGAUCUACAUCAGCAACGUGAAGCCUGGCUCUCUAUCUGCUGAGGUGGGGCUGGAGAUGGGCGAUCAAAUCGUUGAGGUGAACGGGGUGGAUUUCACUGCCAUGGAUCAUAAGGAGGCUGUGAGGGUCCUGAAGAGCACCAAGAGUCUGACCAUCACUGUGCUGACAGGAGCUGGCAGGGAGCUGUUCAUGACGGCCGAGGAGCGUCUGGCCCUGGAGGCUCGGCGGGAGCUGGACCGCCAGGAGCUGAUGAACCAGAAGAGGGUGGCGCUGGAGACCAACAAGAUCGUCAAAGAGCAGCAGGAGAAGGAGAGACAGAGGAAGGUGGAGAUUUCUCAGAGGACUGCCGAGGAGGACGAGCGCUACCGGAGGGAGAUGGAGAAGAUCGAGGCGGCAGAGCGGAAACACAACCGAGAGUGGGAGGAGGACUGGGGGGGCAGAGACUCGCCCAAGAGCCCCUCCCCCAUCCCACCCCCCGUCAGAGCAGAGAGUCCCCCCCCUUCGCCGCCUAAGUCCAAGAGCUCAGACAGCGCAGGGCCUGCCUGGCAGUCAGCGAUGGUGGAGGAGGAAGAGGAGGAGGAGGAGGAAGAGGAAGGGGAAGGUUUCCAGAAAUACGUGGAAGACUUUGAUCCCUACUCCAUGUUCACAUCAGAGCAGAUUGCAGGGAGGGAUGUUCGGCAGCUGAGGAUAAAAAAGGUUGGACAGCUUGACCUUGCGGUGGAGGGGGGCAUAGACUCCCCCCUGGGAAAGCUGGUGGUAUCGGCCAUUUAUGAAGGGGGCUCUGCGGACAAGCAUGGUGGGAUAGUGCAGGGGGAUGAGGUGAUGGCGGUUAAUGGGAAGAUCCUGACAGACGCCACGCUCACAGAGGGACAGAGCUCUCUGGCCCGAGCCUGGAACAGCGGCGGGGACUGGAUUGACCUGGUGAUUGCAGCGUCCCCUCCAAAGGAGUAUGAGGAUGAGGUCCCCAAGUCCCCCGCAGUCAGUCCCACUCAACAGAGACGGGUGUUUGAAGGCAGUGCCUCUGUGUACAGACAAGGCUACCUGCUCCAGAUGUAGCUGCCUGAGGGACAUUUUUCUGAGACGGUCACCUGCCCCCCUGCCAUACAGACGCUUUUCAACGAGGAGCACUGUUUUCUCUCAUCUAAUUCAUGUUGCUUUUACAGAAAUAAAAAACAAAAAAUGUAUUGCUCAAAAUGGGUCCAGAUAAGGUCAGUAUGUACAGGAUGGAGCCACCUAUAGAGACCUCUGUUAGACGUGUUUGGAGAUUUCCUCCAAGAUGACGGCCAGCCUGAUGCUGUGGUCUGAAGACCAGCUUAAUGUGUAAAAUCAUUAGUCUUUGUGCUGACAGGGCUACCUGCUUCACCUGCAACUGACCUAUGACCUUUGACCUCUAACCCGAUGCUGGUGACAUGAGACCAUGCAAAAGGAACCUGUACAUAGUUAUGCAUCACAUGCAUGUGAAUAACACAGCUGCCAAAAUCCUGCAGAAUAUCUGGAUUUUUAUCUGUAUGCAUUGCUAUUUGUCCUUAUGUUAGAACAGCAUGUAUUGGAUAAGGGUUACUGUAGUGCCUGGAGUACUGUGUGUGUAGCAUGGUGAUGUGGUUAACCCUUCCAGCUGUGAGGUCACAAAUCAUGUGAUUUGAAUGUUCUUAACUGAACAUUCUAAUGUUGAUAUAACAAUCAAUGGUGAUGAUUGAACUCUGAUUCCGAAUUUUUCAAAAAAGAUUCCAGAAACACUACUACUCUUCAAAGGGCUAAAAGGGUUGACCAUGCCCCUGUCCAUGGCAGUAAGCAGGUCCUGUGUAAUCUGUCACAGGUGGAGGAGGGGAGUGGGACUAUGGCCAGAUGACUAUUCUGUCUAAAGGUCUGCCUGGCUGGGCCACCUGGGCUCAGCUCUUCUCUUUUGCCAAAAUAAAACAGCACAAAAAUAACCAGUCAUCGCAUUUCUUCACUUUACCAGUGUGUGGCAUGUUGGUAAUGUUUAAAAAUUUUUUUUUAACAAAACGUCAAUAAGUACACAAACAUUUCAUUGCCAUUUUUUUUAUAAUGAGGGGUUCAUUUUUGAGAGAUUUGAGAUGCAUUGCAAGGUUAUAACCCUUACCUUUAAAAUAUUAGUAAUUAGUAAUAUUAGUGAUCACCAAAGCACUACAUCAAUGUUAGGCUAAACUGGUCAGACGCAUGAUUUUUCUGUGAUGUGGAAAUAUGUGAGAAGUCUUGUGCCCCUGGUUCAGAAAUCUUCCAGUGGUGUUGCUGUCGUGCUGUUAUGUCUGAUUGUUAAUGGAUGCUUGUUGUCUGCACCCGUGUAUUAUAUUACUGAUUUUCAAGUGAUAAAUGGAGGAAUUCGUGCUCUCUCAAAAUCAAUAAAGAUGUACAACGACUGAAAA